AUGGAUGGUGCCAUGUGGAAGGUGAUUGUUUUGCUGGUCCUGUUACUGCCCAGCCCCUGUGAUGGGCUGUUUCGCUCCUUAUACAGAAGUGCCCAGGCCUCCAUGCCACUAAAGGGAGAUACGGGACAGCCAAUAUUUCUUACCCCUUAUAUUAAAGCUGGGCAGAUCACAAAAGGGAAAGAACUGAGUUUGGUCAGCCCUCUCCCAGGACUGAGCAUGAAGAGCUAUGCCGGCUACAUCACCGUGAAUGAGAGUUACAACAGCAACCUCUUCUUCUGGUUCUUCCCGGCUCAGAUACAACCAGAGGAUGCCCCAGUAGUUCUCUGGUUACAGGGUGGGCCGGGAGGUUCAUCCAUGUUUGGACUGUUUGUGGAACACGGACCUUACGUCAUCACAAGUAACUUGACCAUACGCACCAGAGACUUCCCUUGGACUACCACGCUGUCCAUGCUUUACAUCGAUAAUCCUGUGGGCACAGGCUUCAGUUUUACAGAAGAUGACCAUGGAUAUGCAGUUAAUGAGGAUGACGUGGCACGAGAUUUAUACAGUGCACUAGUUCAGUUUUUCCAAUUGUUUCCUGAGUAUAAGGAUAACGACUUUUAUGCCACUGGGGAG